AUGCACUUUGUGGAACAAGAUAUCAGAGUGGAAGAUGUAGCAGGGUGGAAAGAGAAAGAAAACGAUGUAGCAAAACAUCUUAUACUAAAAUAUAUGCGUAGAACUGACGAGGAUUCAGCAGCUGAGGUCGAACGUGCUGAUGCAAUCUCAGAGGGACUAACCAAACGGAGCACUCCUCAUAUUUUAACUACGCUCAGCUCUUCUGUACUGGUCUUUGAAAUAUUUGUCAACUAUGGUAGGGUCAAUACGACACAGUGCAGUUCAUAUGCGGCUGCGUUUGAAGAGUUGCGGUGGAGCAAAGCGGUUAGGAUCGAGGGAGGACCCCUGUUAGCACCAUUCCUCGCUGCAGAUCGCGAUGGUCACACCUCGAUCCUAACAGCUGUCUCCACUGCACCGCUUAGAGCACAGCCGCUUGCUGCCAGAUUCGUAGCAGCAUACCACGAAUCUGAGGCGGUGCGGAUUUCAGGUGGAGUAUCUAUAUACGGGGUCGUAUGUUAUGGAGACGAGGGUAGUUCCGCUUACCUCUCCCUGCAUCACUGCAAACAGCCGCCUCCAGUUUUGUACGACACCAUCUAUUGCAAUUCUCCACCCCUAGCACCGCCUCCUCCCUGCGACUCGUCGAAAAUCAAUUUGGAUUGCUCCGAUCGGCAGUAG